GCCAAAUUUCUCUCUCUCUCUCUCUCUCUCUCAAGUCUCAAACAAACCCUCUAGCCAAUAUAACUUGCUUGUUUCAGCCAUAGCCAUAGAUUUCAACAAAGCAUAGAGCUUUCCCUCAUGGAAGAAGCCGAAGCUAGUGCAAGUGGUAAUCAUCACAGUUAUAGUGGAUCACCAAUCACCAACAUAGCUGAAGACUAUCUCUUAACUAUUCUCCUUCUCCUCCCUAUAGAUGCAAUUUUGUCUCUAUCCAUGACUUGCAAGAGAUUCAGAGCUCUCACUUCUUCUGACACCCUAUGGAAAUCAUUGUGCAAAAGGGACUUGGGUUCCACUUGUGUUGAUGCACUCAACUCUUCCAAUCACCAUGAGUUCCCAUGGAUGAGGCUCUACAAGCAAGUCUCUCAGAUGGACUUCGUUUGUUGCCAUAAAUUGGAUUUGGAUUUUCCCAGUGCCAGAGCUUCUCACUCUCUCAACUUUGUCUCCGAUUGUCUUGUCUUGUUUGGUGGUGGCUGCGAGGGAGGACGACAUCUUGAUGACACGUGGGUCGCAUAUAUUGGCAAUGAUUUUCGGAAAAUGUUGAAAUGGCAGACAGUGCAUUCAGGCAUUCCAAGUGGAAGAUUUGGACAUACAUGCGUGGAAAUGGGUGAUUGUCUUGUUCUCUUUGGAGGAAUCAACGACCGUGGCAACCGUCAAAAUGACACAUGGUUGGGGCAAGUUGUGUUCAAUGAGAACAACAGCAUAACAUUUUCCUGGAAAAUGCUUGAUGUGGGGAAUGUUGCCCCGCCCCCAAGGGGAGCUCAUGCUGCUUGUUGCAUUGAUGAAAAGAGAAUGGUGAUCCAUGGGGGUAUUGGGCUUCAUGGCCUCCGUUUUGGGGACACAUGGGUCUUGGAGUUGUCAAAUAGUCCUUGCUUUGGUACAUGGCAUGAGAUUGUCACUCACCCUUCACCUCCACCACGUUCAGGACACACAUUGACUUGCAUUGGGAAAAAUAGGACAAUUCUAUUUGGAGGUAGAGGGUUGGGUUAUGAGGUGCUUGAUGAUGUUUGGUUAUUGGAUACAUGUCAAGGGUAUUUGAGAUGGUUUCAAAUAGUGUAUGAUCUACAAAACAUACCAGAUAGUGUUUCCCUUCCUAGAGUUGGUCAUACAGCUACAUUGGUUUUCGGAGGGAGGUUGCUGAUUUAUGGAGGAGAAGACUCUUGUAGACACAAAAAAAAUGAUUUUUGGGUGUUAGAUAUUAGUGCUAUCCCUUACAUAAGUCUGCAGCCAACAACACUGAGCUCCAAGAGAGUGUUGACGAGAAUGUGGAAACGGUGGAAAUCAAGUGGGUAUGAGCCAAGACCUCGAUCCUUUCAUCGUGCAUGUGCAGACUCUUCUGGACGUUAUUUGUAUGUAUUUGGCGGAAUGGUUGAUGGGUUUGUUCAGCCCGCUGCACCUUCUGGACUUGGAUUUGAUGGGGAGCUUUUUCUUGUGGAGCUUGUGCUUCAGCUCUAAGGACUAAGGAGGCAAGGCAGUGGAUAUCAUGUGCUCCAUUCUGCGGUAUGCAGUAUCGUCCAAUUAGAUGCAAUGAUAUUAUGUAUAGCGCCAUUUGUUGCUGUUAUUGUGUUAGCUAAUAGCUAUUGUGAAUAUCAGCUGUAUUGGUCGGCCAUUGUCAAUAUCUUUACUAUGAACUGCGACUACAUAAGUAGAAAGCCAUGAUGUGAUUGUGAAGAUAAGCAGAACUUUUGCACUGUUGAUAGCCGUUUUAAAAUUUCAAUGUCACCAACCGAGUUUUGAA